AUGAGCAACGUUAUAAGAAAGUUUGGAGAGCUACUUCGGAUAAAGGGACAAGAACGGAAGGGAAGAGACACUGAAGAUAAAAAUGGUGGGAUACUGUACAAGGAGGAAGAAGAAAGAAAGAAAGAGAUGCGGAAGGCAUGUGGAGGAAAGCAGAAAAUGCAUCUAACCACUUUAAUGGAUGAUGAGAUACAAGAAAAUCGAGUACCAAGAAAUACACAGAAUACAGAAUGGUGGAUGCGGGAUCUGGUAUGGAAAGGAAACCUGACAGAAGACGAUCUGUUCGACAGGCUCGACCAGGACGCAACGGAUAAACUGGGAGACAGACUGCAGAAAGCUUGGGGUGAAGAACGUGCCGCAGCGAAGCAGAAGGACAUCAAACCCAGUUUAGCGAAAGCUAUUUUCAGAACUUUCUGGUUGCGCUACUUGAUCUACGGCGUGGCUGAUCUUUUCGAUCAACUAAUCUUCAGAGUCGCACAACCCUACCUUCUUGGGCUGACCAUUCAGUAUUUCAACCCAGACAGUAAGAUAACCGACCAGGAAGCAUACAUAUACGCGAGUCUGCUAGUGAUCAUCAACUUCUUGAAGCUAUUCUGCUACCAUCACUACAACAUGCUUGUCACCUACAUCGGCAUGAGGAUAAGGGUAGCCUGUUGCUCUCUACUUUACAGAAAGGUGCUCCGCAUCAACAAGCAGUCUAUGGACGUGACGGCGACCGGACAAGUGAUCAACCUCAUGUCCAACGACGUGGCGCGCUUCGAUGUGGCGUCCACGUACGCCAACUGGCUGUGGAUCUCGUUCCUGCAGCUGGGCCUCGUCACCUACUGCUUGUACCGCUCCGUGUCCUGGGCGGCCUUUGCCGGCGUCGUCUACAUCACUGUCAUGACGGUGCCUCCACAGACGUAUAUGGGGAGACUGUCAGCGCGAUUCCGUAAGCGAGUGGCCGUCCGGACUGACGAGAGGAUGAGGAUGAUGAACGAGCUGGUGCAGGGCAUACAGGUGGUCAAGAUGUACGCCUGGGAGAAGCCCUUCGCAAAGCUCGUGGCCAUGGCCAGGAAGUCCGAAAUCCACAAGCUGCUGCACACAGCUUACCUUAAGAGCUUCCUGCACGCGUCGGCCGUCUUUAUAGAGCGCUCCUCCCUGCUGGUGACGCUGCUGGCUUACUUCCUGGCUGGAAAAAUCGCCGGCCCCGACCAGAUAUUCUCAAUGGCUCAAUACUUCAGCGUGCUCAACUUGUCACUGGCCAUCAUGUUCCCAUUCGCUAUAGCCCAUGUUAAGGAAGCGGGAGUGUCCGUCCAGCGCAUCGAAGAGUUCCUUAUGAAGCCAGAGGCGACAGUGGCGGACAGGGCGCAGGGAGCCGCCGCCGGGGAGGUGAGCCUGCAGCACGUGUCGGCCACGUGGGACGGCGAUCACCCUGCGCUCUCCGGCAUAGACCUCAGCCUCCGCCCGGGCCUGCUGUGCGCCGUCGUGGGGCCUGUCGGCUGCGGGAAGAGCUCCCUGUUAUACCUACUGAUAAACGAGUUGUCUCCGUCGUCUGGAAGCCUGAGGAUUGGCGGGAAUGUGUCGUACGCGAGCCAGGAGCCGUGGGUAUUCGUGGGCAGCGUGCGGCAGAACAUCCUGUUCGGACAGCCGUACGACCGGAAGAAGUACCAGCGGGUGGUGGAGGCGUGCGCCCUGUCCAAGGACUUUGAGCUACUGCCGUACGGCGACCAGACGCUGGUGGGCGAGAAGGGCAUCACCCUCAGCGGCGGACAGAGGGCCAGGGUCAACCUCGCCAGAGCCGUGUAUCGUGAUGCAGAUAUUUAUCUGCUGGAUGACCCCUUGUCCGCUGUUGACACACGCGUCGGGAAACAUCUGUUUGAUGAAUGCAUCAACUCAUAUCUGAGUGGCAAGACAAGAAUUGUGGUCACUCAUCAACUCCAAUAUCUCCAUGGCGCCGAUAAUAUAGUGGUACUGAACAAGGGAAAAAUAGAACAUAAAGGAACUAUCCUGGAGAUUCUCCAAAGCGGCGUUAGCUUUUCCAAACUGAUAUCUAGUGAAGAAGAGAUAGCAGAGUUGGACGAAUUUGGCAUUUCACGAACGAAAAGUGGAAGAAAUUCGCUUCAGGAUGAGCACAACAAGCUAAGACGAUCGAAGCGUGUUGGAUCACAAAAGAGUAACGUGCACGUCCUCAAGAGGCAAAUUUCCCAGUUGGCUGAAGUGAACGUAAUUAUGGACGAGACUGGAAAGCUACAUAGAGAUCCGGUGGAGCAGGACAACAGCGAGAAGGUGCUGGACGCGGAGGUCACGUGGUCGACCGUCUGGCAGUACUACAGGGCGGCCGGGGGCGUGGGGCUGGUGCUCUCUAUGGCCGCCCUGCUGCUCAUAUCGCAGGUCAUCACCAGCGCCUCCGAUUACGUCGUAACCUACUGGUCUAGUACGGAGGUGCUGAGGACGUCCCUGCAGCUGCAGCUGGAACAGGCUGGCGGCCGCAACCACACGCUGUCUGUGGAGAUGGCGUCGCUGCCCCCCAGCGAGUUCUUCCUGGAGCUGUACGGCGGCCUCGUGCUGGGCUGCAUCCUGCUUUCACAGGUCCGGUCCGUGGCCUUCUUCAACAUGUGCAUGAGGGCGUCGCGAAACCUGCACAACGCCACGUUCAACUGCAUACUGAGGGCCCCUAUGCGUUUCUUCGACACGAACCCCUCUGGCAGAAUACUCAAUAGAUUUUCUAAGGAUAUGGGAUCCAUCGACGAAAUGCUGCCACAGUUUAAAAUUAGUAUGAUUCAGAUUUACCUGGGGCUCUGUGGAAUUAUAGCCUUGGUACUCGUUGUAAAUUACGUUCUAGUCGUACCGAUGGCCCUUAUUGGAGCACUGUUCGUGUAUGUGUCUAGACUUUUCAUGACGACAGCAACAAGCAUCAAGAGACUUGAGGGUAUCCGAAGGAGCCCCGUGUUCUCUCAUCUGUCUGACACCCUCAAUGGACUGACUACAAUAAGAGCAUCGGAUAUCCAGGAUGUAGUUAGAAAGGAAUUUGACGAUCACCAGGACCGCCACACUUCAGCUUGGUUCCUGUACAUUACGAACGGAAGCACUCUCGGCAUAUGGCUUGACCUUCUCAGCAGUAUUUUCGUUACAAUCGUCACAUUCAGCUUCCUGGUGCUUUCUACAGGUUCAUUCGGUGGUUCUGGUGUGGGUUUGGCCAUAUCACAGUCACUCAUUCUGACGUGCAUGCUCCAGCAUGGCAUUCUGCAGAUGACUGAGGUGGUCAGCCAGAUGACAUCAGUGGAGAGAGUGCUUGAGUACACCAAAAUACCACAUGAAGCUGCUCUGGAAUCUGCACCAGAUAAGAGGCCACCAGCUGCUUGGCCACAGCAAGGGCAAAUCGUCUUCCAGAAGUUGUAUCUCAAGUACGGCCCAACGGAUCCUCCAGUUCUCAGGAACCUCAAUUUCACCAUACAAGCGAUGCAUAAGGUUGGCAUCGUUGGCAGAACAGGUGCUGGCAAGUCAUCACUAAUUUCCGCACUCUUCCGGCUUGCACCGACAGAGGGUGCCAUUGAGAUUGACGGAGUCGACGUGAAUAGUCUGGGUCUGCACGAUCUGAGGAGGCACAUCUCCAUCAUCCCUCAGGAGCCUGUCCUCUUCUCUGAGACUCUCCGCUUUAAUCUCGACCCGUUCUCGGAAUUUGACGAUGAGAAACUCUGGGACGCACUUGAAGAGGUGGAGCUCAAAUCCGGUAUACAGACGCUGGACUUCCAGGUGACGGAGGGCGGCAGUAACUUCAGCGUGGGCCAGAGGCAGCUGCUGUGUCUGGCGAGGGCCAUACUCAGAAACAACAGGAUCCUGGUGCUCGACGAGGCCACCGCCAACGUCGAUCCGGGGACAGACGCGCUGAUUCAGGCAACAAUUCGGCGAAAAUUCAAAUACUGUACAGUGCUGACCAUAGCUCACAGGCUGAAUACCAUUAUGGACUCUGACAAGGUGCUCGUUAUGGAUGCUGGAACUAUGAUGGAAUAUGACCAUCCUCAUAUUCUGCUGAAAAACCCUAAUGGAUUCCUGACAAAACUAGUGGAGGAAACGGGUCAGGCAAUGGCAGAACAAUUAAGGAAUGUAGCAAAACAGAGCUAUGAGGAGUUACAUGGGUUAAAAAAAGAAUAA